GUGAGAGAGUGAAGCUUUUGUGUUGUGCAGAGAGAGAAGCGUUAAGCUUUUGUGUGUGCAGAGAGGGAAGAGUGAAACUUUUGUGUCGUGCACAGAGAGAAGAACGAAGCUUUGUGUUGUGAAGAAAUUGAAGAGUGAAGCUUUUAGGUUGUGAAGAACUGACUUCAGGUUAAGCUAAUCAGCAAUAGUACUCAGUCUUGUAUAUUGUGUUGAUUGUUAUACCCAAAAGAUGGGCAUUGACCAGGUGCUUGAUGGCAUAAAUAAUUUGAAGGAAUGGAAGAUUGACAAAAGAGUUAAACAGAGAAUUAAAGACUCCGGCUUUGAUGGGUUACUGAGGCUCACUACUUUUCCAGUGAACCAUGAUUUACCCCUAUUAUCUGCACUUGUAGAAUCCUAUGAUGUAAAAAGCAGAUGUUUCGUCUUUAAUGGUCAUAAACUUGUUUUUGGUUUAGAAGAUGUAUUGUAUAUAACAGGGUUGCCAGUAGAUGGUAAUCCUGUGACGGGUAUUGAUUCAAAAGGGAAUGAGCUUUGUAUGAAAUACUUAGGUCGUAAUGUUUGCGAUAAAACGAGAACUGGUUUCACUAAUUCAGCAUGGCUUAGGAAGAAUUUUGAGGUAGUUCCUGAGACUAUUGAUCAAGAUAGUCCUGAGAUUGAACCUUAUGUUCGAGCUUUUCUGCUGUAUCUUAUAGGCUCCUUAGUUGUUCCGAGUUAUUACGGAGCUAAUGUUCCUGUUAUGUAUCUUUCUCUUAUGGAAAAUCUUCAAAGCAUAAAGGAUUAUGCAUGGGGUGCUGCUUUAUUAGCUCAUCUUCAUCUUUCCAUGGAGAAUUUUAAGCAAUCUUAUUCACCACGCCGAAGAAACAUAUUGAUCGGACACAGCUAUUCUCUUAUGGUUUUUGCAAUGGAGCGUAUACCUAAGCUGCUGCUGAGAUUUUGUUUGAAUGGAGCUAAUCCGGUGGAUGAUUAUCUUCCAACAACGUUUCCUUUGUUGGCAGGAUGGACAAAACUCCUGUGCGAGCCCUCCAAUACUGAAGAAAAAAUUACUAAACAAGAAUAUCUUCAAAUUCUGGAUGGGUUAAAGGAGGAUGAUAUUGUAUGGCAGCCAUACAAAAGGCUACCUUGUGAUUUUCUUCCACAGUAUUGUGCCGGGCAGGAGAAAAUUGGCAUGUCGCGGACAAUCCUCCUUUGCUAUGAGAAGGCUGUGUAUCAUCGUCCUGAUUUAAGUCCAAAGCAAUUUGGCAUUCAGGAAGUGAAUACCAAUAUGUUGCGCCCCCUUGUUGAGUUGGAAUUGGGUUCUCGGUUUGGUCGGAAAGGAAUAAAUUGGGGAACAUAUGGGAAGUAUGGAUGUUACAAGGAGGAGUGGGAAAGUAGGGCCAGCUGCCUCAUAAUAGAAUCUGCUGAAGAGGAUCCUGCCCCUCCCUCGUUUGAAGCACUUACUACUUUGUCCUCUCAAACCCCUUAUGACCCUGACCCACAGUCUGCCAAGAGGAAGACACUUGAUCAUGUCGGUGACAAGCUCAAGGUUAAGACAAAGAAGACCUCAGGCAUCCUUGUAGAUACUUAUGGGCCCACCAAUUCCUUGCCAUCAUGGAACGCUAUUCACCCUGAGCCCCAGUUGGUCCCAUCUAUAGAGUCACAAUCAUUUGACCUAAUUGAUGUGGCUCCUUUGGAUGCGACUCAGCCUCCAUCUACUGGGGUAUUUUUAGUGGAAUCUAACCAGGAGGAGCCUGCAACCAUUUGCCCCUCCAAUUCAAGUUCAAGCUUGCUGAUUAACCAUUUUCAUUCAGAAUUAUUUCCUACAGCCGGAUCACACAAGUUGUUGGAUGAGUUGAGUUCCUUAGAGGCUGAUGUUAUCGAUCUACUUCAGGGGUCUGUUACCCAUCAUUCUGAUGUUCGGCCAACAACUAUGCAAGCACCUGUGGAGUCUGCCAAGGAGACCAUUCGAGGAAUCCUUUGUCAAGGCUUUGAUGCUUUAACAAAUUCUGAAAUGCAAGAAGCUUUUUUUGCUUCUUCAGAAGUUCUUUUGUCAGCCGAUGUCUUCCCAUGUGCUCAUUUGAAGACUAGGUUGACAGUGUUUAGGAAUGAGCUCCGGGAAAAUGCUACUGCCUUUCUGCAAGCACAGACAGCUAUUGAUACAGCUUCGGAGUUUUCUUCUCUUCAGGAAUUCUUGGAGGUGCAAGCUGUUAAAAUUCCAGCCUUUCAAGAACGCUUAGGCGUGGCUGCCAAGAAGAUAGCGCAUCUUAGAGCAAUAUUAGAUGCUGCCGUUGAGAGACAAACUAAGAUGGAUGAGGUUCUUGCUGCCUUUGUUGAUAAGACUAAAAUUGCCAAGCAGAAGUUGGCCUCCUUGAAUCCUCAAGCAGCUGACAUUGAGUCCAAGAAGCAGGCAGCCGUGAAGGUGGUCGAGCAAUGCAAAUCAUCUUGGGUUGACCUUAGUACUAGUUUAUUCAGAUUCUUGUAACAUUUAGUUAUAAAUGAGCCUCUAAAAUCAUAUAGCUAAGGUGGCUGCUAACACACAAAGUAACUUGGAAGUGACAUUAAGAAGAAAAAGAGAAGCUCUGCUGCUUGAAAAGUUUGUUUUAAUCUGGUUGUGAAGUUGUGAC